UCCUGACUACGUCCUCUUCGCUCGUGCACAUCUCAGUCCGGUCUGGGAGGCGCCGCAGUGCACAACCGCAGACGAAUGGCGCAACGGCCGAACUGAACCGCCGAGAUGGUCAAGUGCAAAGCUUUGAUCCUGAAGUACAUGAGCGAGGGAGGACGCACGGCUGUGAGCUUCGAAGGGGGGCGGUGCUCGUCUCAGUUCCUGACGAAGAGUGGAUACAUUCCUACGUGGCGCUCUGUUUGCGAACAGUGGAUACAGGAGGCUCUGGAGGAGAAGGAAGGGGAAGUCACUCCAGUCUAUGUCCUCUACAACGCCUACUUGAAGGAUAACCCCGACCGGUACCUCGAUAUAGCUCAGUUUGGGAAGAUAUUGAAGUCAAGAUUCAAAAACAGAAAAUGCCGGCGGGGGAAGCAAGGCGCCCAGAUCUACGUCUACAAAAAUGUGAUCAUCAAGCCAAAGGCAGCAAGUGCGGUCAGUCAAGAAGCCCAGCAAGGUUGCAACUUGAAAGACCAGUCAUUCGACCACUUUUCUUCCUCAGAUUAUGGGCUUUUUAACGGUACCCAGUCCAUUGCUGAUCCCUUUGGAAAGUUAGGCCUAACAGAGCCCUCGAGUUCGAAAUUGCUGCCACCAGACGGCUUUUGUUCCGUAAAAUAUGGGUCGUUCAACGAUCGACAGUCCAUUCCAGGACAUGCGCAGGCAGACAUGACACCAAGACUUCACAGUGGAGCCUCUUCAGCCAAUUCGAUUAUGGAGGAAACUUCUUCACCACUUGAUUUACGUCUUCCGACUGUUUUAGCCCGGAGGAAGUUAUUAUCAAGUAAUCCUUGUGAACACAGCAACUACAAAAACACCAAAAAUUCAAAGACAAAUGUACAGGAUGUUCUGGAAAAUCAGUAUCAUAAUAGGGAGGAGGAUGACAGGAGUGUCUGUAGCAGUUUGAGUGAACUCUCGAGCUUGGUUAAGGAUAGUGAUGGAAAUUCGGAGGAAGGUGAAAAUCUACACGACAGCGUCGAUAAAAGUAGUGACUUUGUAUUAGCGGAUAAGCACGUGACAGCAUCGAGUAGUAAAUAUCAUAACGAAUAUGUCUUUUAUAACAGAGAUGAUAUUUCGCCCAAAAAAUCUAUGCUUCUGGACGUGGAGGUCAAGGAUAUAGAAGUGGAAGAAGAGAGCUGCCUGCAUUUGGAUACUGACCAAACCGAUACAAAGUCUAUUAUCGAAAACUAUUUUAGAGAUGAUUCACAGAGCAUUGAAUCAGACAAACAAUCGAACGUGAAGAUGAUGGAAGACCACGUCGUCUUUAGACUAGAAGGAGAAGAAUUACAAGAAAUCGCCCCAAUCGAGUUCAGUGAAGAACCGGUUCGAGAGGAAGCCAGGAACGCACCAAGAUCCAUCGAGGGACAAACGGCGGCAAAAGUGGACUCCCUGAGCAGGACCGCAACAGAGACCAACAGGAUGGCUUUGGGCCGCAGGUGGGUGGACAGCAACCUGCGGGACCAGCCAGGGAAGCGGACUUUCCCCUGGGAGAUCGCCGCAGCUUAUGCACGAGACCACCCUGAGGAACCUCUGACUGACACUAAUUUUGCUGUGCUGAUCAGGAGUAAAUUCCCUUCAAGAAGGAAAAAGAUGAACCAUGGACCUAAAACCUUUUACUACUACCAAGAUCUAGAACUAACCAAUCCAUCCCAGUUGCCAAACACUUCUCCAAUCCUCAGAGAGACCACACCAGAAGGUCAAGUGUUAGCUCCUAAUGUGCCAGCCAUCCUGAUGUCCGGGGAUGGCGGCGCACCGGUCGCUGUGCUGAACCCACCAGCCGAGAGUGUGUUUACCAUGAAUGGCAAGCCUUAUGUUUCCUUGAAAAUAGUGGACCUGCCUUCGAAUACGUCAAGUGCAGGUCCCUCGAAUUCAAAAAGACAAAGGACGCGUUCAUAUGAGGUUGUUCCAAAUUGUACCAUUCAAAAUGAGGCACCUGGAGAAAGUAUAGUCAAUCACACGCGGAAUGCACGAGUGUUGGAAUCAGGCAGCGGCGCUCCAGACAAAAGUAGCAAUGAUAUGCAAAUAACAGUUCAAAAUCUCCCUGAGGAUGAUGGGAUGUUCAGUCAAGGCACAGCAUCUCCAGAACAUCCGGUGAGAGAUCAAAGCAUCAGUGGAGAUGAAGGGAUGUUCAGUCAAGGCACAGCAUCUCCAGAACAUCCGGUGAGAGAUCAAAGCCUCAGUGGAGAUGAAGGGAUGUUCAGUCAAGGCACAGCAUCUCCAGAACAUCCGGUGAGAGAUCAAAGCCUCAGUGGAGCUGAAGGGAUGUUCAGUCAAGGCACAGCAUCUCCAGAACAUCCGGUGAGAGAUCAAAGCCUCAGUGGAGGUGAAGGGAUGUUCAGUCAAGGCACAGCAUCUCCAGAACAGCCGGUGAGAGAUCGAAGAGACACUAGGGACGAUGGGAUGUUCAGAAAAGACACAGCGCCUCCAGAACGUCCAGUAGCAGAUGUAAGCCCCUCAGCCUUCUCUCAGAAUUUAGUGGAUGCAAUCAAAGCAGAACCGAUGGACACAGAAACUGAUCUAUUACUCGAUAUUGUUCCCGAAGACGUGAAGACGAAUCCAGUAUUAAUGAAGAUGGACAUGGCUGUUUCAGACUAUAUACACGGGGAAAUGUUUAAUGAAAUCUACAGUCAUGCCCACGACAACAGAUACACCACAAGUCAAAUGUCUGCAGAUCAAGUGUCUCGAGAAACAGAAGAGAAUACAAAUUCUAUAGCCAAAAGGAACUACUUGUCUGAUAUCACUUCCAAAUCUCGCAAACACAACGUAAAAUCAAACAUCAGAAAUCCAUCUCCUUAUAGCACCAAUAAUGGAACAAAUAAAUCUAUACUUAAUUUUCACAAUUUGUUUUCCCUGAAACAAAGAUUGUCUCGAAGUUCUGCGUCACUGAAAAAUUGGAAAGGAGGUCGGUUGUCUCAAACCUUUGAUACAAGUUGCAAAAGCCCAAGACCAAAGGAUUUUAAGGCAAAAAAACGGUCAAACUUAGAUGGAUACAAGAGACUGAAUGGAAACAGUAACAAAUCAUUGACUUCGAAUCCCAGAAAAUUGGUUGUAUUAGAACACCGUAAGAGAAAGGUAAAAACCAAAAGAUGGGAAGCAGCUGUACAAACCGAAGCAGUGCAGAAUAUUUUAUGUGUAAACGAAGUCUUGCAAGUUGCUUUUCACUUCUUCUCAGCCGGAUCCGGACUCUCAGAGGCCGUUCGUGCAAGGAGGCUCGAAGCCACGAUUUACAGGAGCAACCCGGCUGUAAGCUACGGAGAACCACCUUCGCCAUCUUCCGAAACCAACAGUUACGCUUGCCAAACCUCUUCCCGUUUUAUAGAGUCAUCCAAAACUCUAACCUACAGUAAAGUUACCUCUCUGCUCAGACACCAUCAGACGUGCCAAGGCUUAGGGUGUUCUUACAGCUCUGAUCUGUGCCUGACUCUGCGAGCGAUGUACACGCACAUCACCAUCUUCAGUCACCGGUGCCAAGUGUGGGGCCACUUCACGGACCUAGUCGGACGCCACGCCAGGUCUUGUCGCCAGCGGGACUGCCAGCUCGCCUUUUGCCUCUACAUGAAGCACGAAUUACACCUGACUAAUGCAGGUGCGAUGUCGGACGACGACGAGGAGGAGAGGGACGACUUGAGGAAAGAGUUCGACCGGUGCGAGAGCCACGGGCCGCACGACGCGAGGCUCCACUGCGGCCACUUGCCCCGCGUCCAGAUCCCACUCGGCGAGAAGGUCUCGCAGGAGUACCCCCCUCAAGGUCGAGGCCGGGAAGACGCAGGAGUACCCCCUCAAGGACGAGGCCGGGAGACGCACCCCUCUCACGGGGGAACCGGGUCGCCCGGCGUUGCGGGCGCUGCCCGGAGCGAGUCCCUCUUUCGUCACACCCAUUAUAAAUGCUCUAAGUGUAACUGCGGACAUGUUUAG